UGGCUGCGGGAGGUGUAAGUUUUGGGGGAGUGCAUAUAAUCAACAUAUUAUCGAAGGUGCUUAGAUAUUGAUCCCGUAUUUCGAGGUAGUUCAAAUUCACCUAUCUUAGCCCUUUGGCUUUGACCUUUAUUUUGCUCGGUGGAGAAUUAUUGACGCAUAAAAUGCCGAAGAGAAAGUCCCCAGAGGCUCCUGAGGGCAAGGAGGCCCCCAAAGUCACAAAACAGAGACCUGCUCCACCCAAGCCUGAGGCCAAGCCCAAGAAAACUGUCGUCAAGAAGGUUGUAGAUGAUAAGGGGGCAAAGGCAAAGAAAGGUGGCGCCAAGGGGAAGAAGGAAGACGGUCCCGCCCAGAAUGGAGACACCAAGGCCAAUGAGAUCUAUGUGUCUCGUCCGUCUGUCAGUGUGUCUUCCAUCAGAAGCACGGCUCCCUCCAUGAUGUCAGUGAGAGGACAGAGUGAGACAGUCAGAGUUAAGGCAGGAAGGUUAGCUGCUGCUCACAGAGCUGCAAUGUGAAAUGUGCUCUGGUUCACGAACAGCUGACUCCACUAUUGACCAGAGGGGUGUAGUGGGAGGUGAGAUUAACGGGUUACCGAGCUAUGUUUAGCUUUUAGGCAGAGUUUUCUGUGUCACUAGUGACUUUCUUUUUACUCGGCAACAUUACCGUGUUUGCUUUUUCUAAACUCAUAACCUUUACGUUCAGAUUUUCAGUACACUUCUCAGUACAAAUAUAUGUUUGAGGAAUAUGUUUUGUAUGCAACCUGUUGAGCAAUAUCUUACUAACACCACCAUGAAGCUCAGCUUCAGCAGCCCAAACUGGGCGUCACGGUGUCACUGGAGUUUGCAUGCAUUCAGCUGGUGAUGCAUAAAAUGUAUGAAUGUUUUUAUUCUUGGCUCUAACCUGCUGCUAAUUCUUCUUUGUGCUGCAACUAGAACCCAGAUGAGAAAACCGAUCAACUGAAUUUCCAAAAUGAUUAUAACUAAUUAAAACUAAUGUAGACGUUAAAAAACAUUUUAGUUGACCAAAAAAAUUAAAACUAAUGAAAACUAAAUUUUGUAAAGUUGGAAAACUAACAAAAAUAACAUAAAAAUAUAGAGAAAAUAUUCUUAUUUGUAGUAUUUGUUUCUUUAGCAAAAAUAUUAUUACAACUCACCUGACGAGGCUUUGAUGAACAUGUUCACUGGAUGUCCACAAGACUGUGAGUCAAAACAUAAAAUAAUUAUAAUAAUAAUUUAAGAGACUCCAACUUAAUUAAAAAAGAAUGCACUCUGGAAACUUCAGCUAAAUUAAACAUCAAAAUGAAAUAAAAAUAAAAAGUAAUUAUAAAACUAUAACAAAUCUGUACAUUUGUAGGUUGUUCAUUGACAGUUUUAGAUGAAUACAGUAAAUUUGAUUUUAAUAUAAAGUGAUUUUCAUGUCUUCUUCAUUAGGUUAUGGCACAGAGUCAGACCUGAACAGAGCGUACCCUGACCUUUGUUUAAAAGUAUUCAUUUAAAAACAUCAGAGCUGUGAUGUGCAGUUGUUACGUUUCUAACCAACAACAGCACAGCGAGAGUGCCAGGUACGAUUAUGUUUCUGCUCUGUGCGCUUGUGACGAUCACAGAUUCCCAAAAUUAUCCUUUUUCUCAGCACUACUGUCGUGUUGUUUGGUACAGUGUUGCAUUGCACUGUUUUAUAAUCGGUGCUCAGUCAAUUGACUUGUCUGAUGUGCCUGGGUUAACAAGAAAAGUUGUUAACCACUAUUGUGGUACCUGUUGCCUCUGAGGGUGUUAGGUUUGGUCAAACCAACUAACACAAAGAAAACCUGGCUGUGCUGAACUUAGCUCUCAGAGGAGAUCACAACAAAAUUAUUGCUAAGUCAGAAUGUAAAAAGUAAGUAAGAUAAAAUAAUUGUGCCGCUGCAAAAUUUUAGCUUGUGAUGAGUUGAACUAACAGCUUGAAGCUACUCAUUGGCAAAUGAGGUCAUAUGCUACCUUGAAACUCAUGAACACUGACCUGCCUGACUUUGUAAAUUUCUUAUUGAAGGGUGACUUCAGUCGAAUCGCAGUACUGAUAGUUCUGCUUUUAUUUACCAGAGGUUUGAGAGGUCCAUAAAUAGAAAUCAGCCACUGCUGGCAGUAAGUGAGUAAAUGUGGUGUUUUGUUAGGGAAGUGAAUUGAGCCAUUAAAGAAAGAGCCUGACAUUUGGAUAAAUAGGUUGCUUUUACCUUGUGAAAAAAAAAUUAUAGCACUUUCUCUGUGUGUCUGUACAGUACAAACGAAGCCAGGCUUAGCUUAGCAUAAACCAUUUUUACACAUGAACAAUGGGAAGAAUCAGGCUGGGAUAUUUCCGACAAUUCUUCUUUCUGACAUGUAAACCACAGCAGGAAACAGUCAGCUUCAGAUGCAUCUACCCUACCAGAAAUACUCCAUGUGGUUUAAGGUGAUGCUCUGCCUGGAUAGAGCAGUUUGUGAGUUUAUGUACUCUGUACGCACCUCUGAUGAGAGAUGUCAUGAAAAGUUCAAAGCUGCAAAGUGGAUGUGUUAAAACCCCUUUAAAGUCUGAAUGCCCAUAGAAAUAUCUUGUUGGUGUGUUCAGGUGAAUCUUGACAACUUUGGAUGGAGCAAGGCUAAUUUUAUUUCUGUAUGUGGCUUUUAUGCUAAGCUAAGCUAUCUCCUUACUGUAGUUCAUUUCUAGGCAACCACCUGCUACUUCUGGCUUAAUAUUCAGCAUAUAGUCAUAAAAGUGGUAUCGAGCUCAUAGAUGGCCUUGAUUCAAGUGCUGGAAUAGACUGUUUACUGAUCGGGAGGUUGGUAGAUUGAUCCCUGGUUCUUCCCAUCUGUAACUUUUUGUCAGUAUAAGCACUAAUAGGCUACAUUUAAGAAGUGCAGUCUAAGAAAAAUGUGUGGUACAGCAUUACAGCUUGACCAAUAAAGUAUUUUUAAGACCGAUACUGAUACCAAUAUUUGGCCAUUUAAAAAUCUGAGAUAAAAAUCAUGAUAUAUAAGUCAAAAUAUUUUUUUCUUUAAGAUACAUGAAAUAUAUAAUUUGUCAUGAGUAGUAGGGCUGCAGCAUAUCGCAACAUCCACAAUAAUCCCGGUAUACAUUUUUACGUAAUAGAAAAAUGUCAUAUCACAAUAUCUUGCUUAUCUUGUCAUAAAUUACUCCACCAAGUAAUACUAGCUGCACUCCAUAUGAGAGGAAAAGCAAACGAUGGGUAGAAAGUACUGACGUGGUUACACGGUGUAAAACUAGGACUGUAAGGAGCUAAUAACAAGCUUCGUUCAUGAUACAAUGGAGAAAAUAUUUUACAUUUUUAUUAUGUAAUUUAUUUUUAGUUAUUGUUAAAGUGUUACACAAUUAUUUUAUACUUAAAAUGUCCAGUGAGGAAACUACUUCGGCACCUUGUUUAAAUAGAGUCACACUUCAAAUUAGGAAGUGUGCCAUCAGUGCCCACGGCUCAUUGGAUGAAAAGGAUAGAAAAUUUAGAAACGCAGCUGUCUGCUAGCAUCAAUAAAAUGUAGUUCAGUAUUGUUUUUUCUCUAUCGUCAGAAAUAUCAUCAUUAUAAAUUUUCUUGAAAUUUUGAGGAAAUAUCACCCACCCCUUAUCUGUAGUUAUUUAUUUACUCAUUUACACUCUGCCCAACUCUGCCGUUUGUUGUGUUUGUGGGGUUCCAAACAUUUGUUGCCAACUUGGCAGUUGCAGAGUGCUAAGAGCUGGGAAAACUGUGUUCCUGCCGUCUGUUUUUUACUUUUUAAAUUUUCAUUUAUUGGUCAUAAAUGUCUACGCUGAUAGACUGAUAAAGACCUAAAAUCAGCCUGCUGAUAAAAAAAGACAUGCAUUAGACUGAAUGUAAAGAAUCAAACAAGAGUUCUGGUUACAGUUUAAAAAUAUGACAUUUAUAUAGCUUUUAUUUUACAGACUUAGCGCAGUCUCACACCCAAGAUGUGACCUGAUGUUUAUCCUUUGUUACACUCAAUGUUUAAAGACAGUAUGACAAAAUGCAAGAAGACUAAAAUAGCAACUAGUUAUUUGCAUCCCUAGCAGAAAACGAGGAAACGAUACGAGAAAAGUGAAAUAAAUCAGGUGGUUUAGCUCAGUGGUUGGGGUGGCAGCCAAAUGCUGCUAGGCCAAAAGCGGCAUCGAAAUGGGUUUGCUUUUGACCCGAGCCGCUAUGGUGCAUGUCCUACCUGCUGUCUGUCUUCUCUUCAGUGAAAACUAUCUAAUAAAGGUGUGAAAAAACACAUUAGCUCAACUUUUAAAAUAUUUAUAAACCAAAACAUUAAGUGAUCUUUAUGCAAAAUAAGUUUGGAUCUACACUGUUUGAGGGGUUGCCUGCAAAGCAGUGGCAGACCUCAACUUUGACUUCUUCCAAGUUGCAUGCAGACAAACAAGGUUCUGAAGAGGCUGAAGCUUUAUUACUCGACCAACAUGUUUCAGCCUGUGGCUUUGUGGAUGAGCCUGGUGAAGGCCACAGUGUUGGUCAAGUAAUAAAUCUCUUGUUGUUGGUUACCACAACUUACUGGUUGGGUUUUCCCCUCCUUGUACCUCAUUGGCCCUCUUAAGUCUCCUGGGGUAAAUAAUGGCUACACCUGCAUGUGUGUUUUUC